AGAGAGAGAGAGAGCACGGACGUUCCAUGCAACUCCGGUUCCAUGUCAUUCAAAGCGCGCCGCUGGGUUCAGAAGAAGUAAACUGUCGUCCCAACUGGACUACUCUUUAUGUUGCGCGCACGGAUCUGGGAGCCUGCAUUAUUAAAUCACUCUCCUCCCUCAUAUCCCUCUUCUUCUUCUUCUUCUUCUUCUUUCCCCCUCUCCUCCUUGUUCAUUACCCGUAUUUAAUCGCCAUGCGACUAUCCCGCGCGCUGCUGCUCGUGUGCGCGCUGCUGACGCUCGUGCUGCUGGUGUGCGCGCGCCGCGGCGCCGACGCCGCUCACCGUUACCUGAGGCUUCGCCCUUCUCCGAGCGAGCACUUGCCCGUACCGGACCUGAAAGAGGACCCGGACCCGGAGUACGACCCGCGCGAGCAGGACCUGUCCGAGCGCGCGUUGCGCAAGAAACUGGGCAGCGGCUUCGACGGCGACUUCAUGUCCGUGAGCGCGCCCGCGCAGCUGCUCGCCAUCAACGCCACGACCACCAGCACCACCACCACCAGCGCGAGCCCGGCUUCCUCCACGAACGCGCACGCGCCCAGCGGCACCAUGCCGGCCGAGAUCAGGAGGCUGGACCUGACGCAGACGCCGUACGGGCUCCGCGUGAAGCUGGGCAAGAAGGCGCGGAGGAAGUUACUGCAAUGGCUGUGGACGCACACGCACUGCCCCGUCGUCCACGUGUGGAAGGACCUCGGCGUGCGCUUCUGGCCGCGUUACGUCAAAGAGGGGCACUGCUUCAGCGAGCGCUCGUGCUCACUACCCGAGGGGAUGUUCUGCAAACCGGCCAAGUCCGUCACCAAGACGUUCCUGCGGUGGUACUGCCAGGGCUUCCUGCCCCAGAAAUACUGCACGUGGAUCCCCGUGCACUACCCCAUCAUCUCUGAGUGCAAGUGCUCCUGCUGAGUCCGCGCGCGCUCUGUGGGAGAGAGAGAGAGAGAGACUGAAAGAAUAAUAUGAGAGAAAGAGAAAUUACGAGGAAGAGCGCGUGCGUGUGGGCGCGUUCACGCGACGCUUCCAUGAAGAUGCACGGACUGACGUGUGCUCUUCUGAAAAAAAAAGUAAUUAUAAUAAUUAUAGUAAUAAUAAUUUUAUUGUUGCACUGUGUUCUCGCGAACUGAAAAGUGUGUGUGUGUGUGUGUGUGUGUG